CUGAAGACAUGUUCGUUCUCUCAAGCACAGACGGCGCUUCUUUUAACGUCAGGGUCACCUCCGCGACCAAUUAAAGUACUUCUGUCAGAUGAGACGUCUUGGUAAAAAUAAAAAAAGGCGAUGGCAGUAUUGCUACAAGGAUAUCGAUGCUAAAAUUCAAGACGCAGAACACCACAAAAGAAUAAUUGACGAGGAUUUUACACAAGUGUCAACACUAAACAAAAAAAACUACAUCGUAAAGGGAGAUAAGAAUUCAGCGAAACCUUUCAACGAUAUCCCUAGCGCAUGCGACAGAAGGUUGCAUACUUCGCAACCAAAACUGGAGAAAAGAAAACUUAUUGAGAUCGAUAUCUGGGAAGAUGUACCAGCUUCUAUAAUGCCUACUGGCAAAGGGUCUACUCUAGAAAACGCAGUCGAUAAGAAUCUAGGAAAUCAUUCCCUACCUUGUCCAGGACAAUCAUACAACCCGACUUUGCACGAUCACUUAUCCCUCAUUUCACGAAUAAAAGCCAUCGAAUCUGCAAAGCAAAAACUGGAGCUUAAAACAGAGCGCUUUGUUAGCAGUCUAAGAGGUGUUAACUCGUCACCGAACCCUCUUAAAGAUAUGGAAAAGUUCCUUCAGUCAUUAAAUGCUGAGUCUCACGUUACAAAAAGUAGUGAAGACGUUGAUGAGAUUUUUCUGCCUCGAAAAAAGCCUAAAAAAGUGGACCCUCACAAAAAAAUGAAAAACGAUCUCGAAAAUUUACCUAAGUUGCUUAAGGAAAUCAAACGUGAAAAGAAAACCAGGGAAAGGCGGAAGUCAGCCGCCAAAGCUAAAAGCGAAAUCCGUAGUAAACUGAAAAAAGUUGAUCUGAACAUACCAUUCCAGUUGCCCAAUGAGAUAUCGUCAUCAUUGAGAAAGUUGUGUCCGGAAGGUUAUCUAUUUCAUGAGGUUGAACGUCGGCGGAACAGAUGUCCACGUGCUCGGAAAACGUUGGGUAGCAAAAGCAAAAGCACAUCAUUUGAACGCAAGCGCUAAACUGUGAGUGCGAAUACACCAUACCUUACUUUGGAUUACACCACUGGAGAGUUCAUCGACACGUUUGGAAUUACUAAGCAUCUAUAAUUGUGGAUUUAUUGUACCAGAUUAAAGCUGAACACGCAUCAUUUUGGGUGAACUUAAGUAAAGUCCCGUUUUUAUUGUAUUUGUAACAUUUAACUGGAAUAUAUUAAUGUUACUAUUGA